AUGAAGAAAAGAGAUUUUAAAGUUGUUUUAAUUGGUUAUAGUAUUAUUAUGUUAUUUAAUUGUUAAUCCUAGGUGGAGUUGGAAAAUCAACAUUCAUUUCAGCUUUGAUUAAUGAAAAUCUUAAUAAAUUUACUUAUGUUGAUCAACAUUAACCUAUUUAAUUAACUCCUGAAAUAUUUAAUCAUCCAGAAUGCAAUACAACUUUGAUUGAUACAAAAUGUCCACCGAAUUAAAUUCCAGAUUAAGUUAAAAUUGCACAUGUCCUACUCUUAAUGUACUCAAUAGAUGAUGAUAAUUCAUGUGAGAGAUUAAAGAUGUUUUGGUUAAAAGAAUUGAAAAAGAAAGAAUUUAAAUAGCCAAUUAUUAUUGUAGGUAAUAAACUUGAUUUGAUGGGAAAGGAAAAUGAUAGAAAAUAUUGCAGAAUUUUUAUAGUCAUUAAACAAUUGGUAAAAGAUUUCAGUGUAAUGUAUCUAUAUAAAAUAGUAAGUUGAAAUGGGAAUAGAGUGUUCAUCAAUUAAAUUUUAGGGUAUUUAAGAUGUAAUUAAUUGUGCUUAAAGAUCUUAUUUUAUACCCUUUAGCUCCAUUGUAUAAUUUAGUAAACAAAACAAUUACAGAAAGUUUUAAAAAAGCAUUGACUCGUAUUUUUCGUAUUUGUGAUCCAGAUGGUGAUGGAGUAUGGAGUGAUUAUGAAUUAUAAAGAUUUUAAAAGAAAGUCUUCAAAAAGCAUUUAGAUUAAAGUGAUAUUGCAGGAAUAAAAGAUAUGAUAGAAGAGGAAUUUAAAGAUGAUUCUAAUAAAAAAAAGUAUAUUACUUUGCAAGGUUUUAUGGCUUUAUAAAAGAGAGGAAUUGAAUUAAUGAAGAUUUAAAUUAGUUGGACAAUCCUUCGUUUUUUUAAUUACAAAGAUGAUUUAACACUUGAUGAAUCAUUAUUUUAGGAUGAGUAUUUAAAUUAUUAAAACCACUAGUCUAAUAUUCAAUUAAGAAGCUGGAUAAACAGUUGAAUUAAGUGAUUUUGCUUAAUAGAAACUAAAAUCAAUUUUUGAAUUGAAUGGAUAAAAUCUUACUUAAACUUAGUUUGAUUAUAUCUUCUAUCCAGUAAUGUAUUAAACAAGUUUUCCACUUCUAUAAUAAUAUCAUUCACAAUCACAAGAAAUAACUUUAAUUUAGUGGUUGGCCUUAUGGAAGUAUUAUUUAAAUAUUAAUGUAUUUUAGUGCAUUCUCUUUUUUUAAUUACAAAGAUGCCUAUAAAUUAUUGAAUUAUAUUGGAAUUGAUAUCAAAAUGGCAGAUGCAUUCAAAGCAUAAAAUAAAAAAGAUUCUUGGUAUUCUGUCUAAAAAAUAGUUGAGAGAAAAGUAUUUCAUAUAGGUGUUGUUACUAAAAACAAAAAGGUAAAUUAUAGUUUAUAUUAUAUUAGAAAAUCUUAGAAGAAUAAUUCAAUAAUUUAUCACCUAGAAUAACAAUAAUAAAUUCUAAAACAUAUGUGAUUAGCAUUUAUGAUGAAUUAUAAGUAUAAUAAUAAAUAGAGUAAAGUAGAUUAAGCAUUAUUGAUUUUUUAAUGAUUGUAAAUUCCUAUUGUUUUUAAACAGCUUAACUUAUUCCUAUUACUUUUUUUGAUGACACAAUUUCUGUAUGGACAUAAAUUACAAAAAUUGUAGAUAUUCUUUAUUCUCAGUAAAACAUAUCAUUUAUUAUUUAAGAAAUUUUGGAUAUUCGAAUUUUCAAAUUUAAUAAUUAAAAUAAAAAAACAGUGUAUCUAUCAUUUCAAUAACUAGUUGUAUUGCCCUUAUAAUAGGUUUAACAACUGCUGGAUAUUAUUAUUUCCUUUGCAAGCCAUUUAAAAAAAGUAAAUGA